UCUCACCGCCGGAUGCACCUCCUCCAGCCUCUCGCCCGCUCCCUCCACCAUAUUCACUGGGUGUCGACCAAGAACGGUCGCCUACAAAUGUUGUCGUCAACCUUCUCACUACCUCCGGAGGAUGGUCGCCGUCAACGUGCCCGCCGCUGCCGUCACUUGACCGCCACCGCAUCCUUAUCCAGGUGCCGCGCCUUCCAGAUCCAGGAUUCAGCAGAAACUACAAGCAUUUUGGCAUCCCUCAUGUGCUGGGUACUGGUGGAAGCAAUGGCUCUACACACAUUUGUUUUGAAUAGGCCAAGCCGUCAAGGUUUACAAGACUUCUCAGAAACAUCACUUCUUACGACGAAGAAAGCAGAGUUAAGCUAUUGACAUUUGACAGUCAAGGUAAUGGAUAGUACGGCAUGCUUGUUAUCAUUUAAUAUUUCACCAAUUUCCGAAAAUAUAGGCUAUGCAUGUCUUGUUUUCUUGUCCUGUAUCAUGCCUUACAAUAUUUGGAUGUUGUGUAUUAACAUGUAAAUGGAAUUUGUAAUUAUUGAGUAAGCUGUAAUUACUGUAAACCAUCUUUUGUCUUGCAUUGCGACACCUAGUGCAUCUGAUUUUUAAUUGUGCUUUCGCCCUUGUUCCAAAGUUUAUCAUGAGUAAUUUUAUGUCAUGGUUUCUCCUAUAUAUUACAGUACCACUAGUAUGCUCAAGAUCAUCUGGUAUGUUUUGAGCCAAUAACUACUAUGUUUGUUCAGUCUGAA